CAUACAUUCCAUGUGUAUGGUUAAGUUAUCUCAUUGUUAAGGCGCACGGCUAUAUUAGCAUAUUACACUGCUUACACCCUGUUGUAUUUUUUUUAGGCAGCCGGUAAUUGCAGCCUCACCCUCUAUCAUACGGGCACACCCAGCUUGUGUGCUUCCAGUUUGGAAAGACAUUUAUCCUCUGGAUAUUCACAUGGCAAGAGACAUUUUCUACACCUCACAGUGUAUGUGCUAAACUGCCUUAAUGGCUUCUUACUCUCAGAAAUCCAGCCAGGCUUUUUCUGUUUGGCAACAAGAUAAUUCAAGGACGAGGGAUAGUGGCUUUCCCAGCCCUCCUCCAUCAGUGAGGUGCCAGGUCCUUUCUUGUUCUACAAAUGGCAAUCACUCAACUCUCUUAGAAGAAACUUUCAAAUCCCAACUCAAAAUAACCUCUGAGGUCCAUUCUUCAUUGCACUCAGAGGAGGCGGAGACAAAGCUAAGAGCAGCGCUGGCAACAUUCAAUGACAAGAUUCGUUAUUUAGAGAAGCAGCAGGAGAUUCUGGAGGGUCGCUGGUCAAUGGUUCAAACAGAAGAAACCACCCAAACUGAUCUGGAGCCUCUGUACUUGUCUUAUAUCAGUCGUCUCCUAGGGAAAGUGAAAAAUGUCACUCAGAAUAACCAUCAAACACAGAGGCAGCUGCUGGGCAUGAUGGAUUCGAUCAAUGAUGUGAAAGACAAGUUUGAAGAUGAGCUCCGUCGUCGCACAGAUGUAGAAUAUUCUUUUGUAGAACUCAAAAAAGCAUUAGAUGAGCACAGUUUGGAACGCACUGAACUGGAAACACGAAAGCUAAAGAUAAAAGAGAUGAUAGAUCUGAUGAAAACCGUUUACAACCAGGAGCUUAAAGAAUUGAUGGAGGAAUCAGGGGACAUAUCAGUGCUUGUAAACAUGGAACAGAGCUGUCCCAUAAACCUAGAUAAGGUUGUCCAAGAAGUAAAGGAACAAUAUGAGCGCAUUGCAUCAUGGAAUCGAGAAGAAGCACAGGCACUCUCCAGAAACAAGUUGGCAGAAGGAGUACAAAGGGCUGGCCGCUACGAGGUGGAACUAAAGAGCAGCCGCAGUGAGAUCACCCAGCUCAACAGCAAGAUUCAGCGCCUUAGGUCAGAUAUCCAAAGCAUUCAAAGCCAGUGCUCACAGCUAGAGCAAGAAGUGUCACUGGCACAGACCAACAGUAACAUGGCGUUUACAGAUGCCAAUGCCAAGGUUACAGAGAUCCAGGAUGUGCUUCAUAAAGCAAAACAGGACGUGGCCAAGCAACUGCGGGAAUACCAGGAGCUACUGCAUGUGAAGCUGGCUUUGGAUGUUGAGAUUGCUGCUUACAAUUUACUUCUGGAGGGGGAAGAGAGCAGGCUUCAGGCUCCUGCACGUGUAAAUAUCCAGCAUGGAAAUGAUGUUUGUGCCUUCACUGAACCUUCCAGAAUUAAGAAGUAUUUUUAAGAAUUCACUGAACUAAACUGCAUAAUUAAAUAAUUAUUACAGAUAUGGGGUCUAUUAUCCAGAAACCUAUUAUCCAUAAAGGUCUGAAUUAAGGGAAGGCCAUAGAGUCUAUUUUAAG